UGACCGGACUUUAUCCAGAUUACUUGGCGGGAGUUUGGCCAGGAUUGCCGCGACGACAGCGCAAGAUGAAUGCAGCUUCUCGGAACAACUACACAUCCGCCUUCCAUCGCCCGGCGUCGUCCCAAGCAAGUUCCAGCGGUGGUGCACCACCCACGCCAGCCGUCACAGGGUACCCGAACUACAACGAAGAACGAGACAAGUGCCUCAACUUUUUGCGCAACUUUGUGUGCUCUUUGACCAACACGCGCAAGUACGCUGACAUUUUGCAAGAGAUUGCCGACCGACAGCGAACCACGAUUGCGAUAUCUCUCGAUGACGUCUUGCAGUUUGAGAACGACGAAGGCUUUGUUCGCAACAUCGUACGGAACACCCGUCGGUACGUGACGCUGUUUUCGGACGCGGUGGACGAAAUCUUGCCGCCGCCGUCGCGGGAUAUUACCCAAGCGCAUGACGUUCUCGAUGUACUGCGUUUGCAUCGUGUGCAAGAAGCCACGACCGAUCCUGACCACCCCGUGGACGUUCGCACGAUCUUCCCGCCUGCGCUAAUGCGUCGGUUCGAGCUCCAGUUGAUUCCUGGGGUCAAGACGAAGCCCGUUCCCAUUCGCGACGUCAAGGCGUCCAAGGUCGGCAGCCUCGUGCGAAUCAAGGGCAUGGUGACCCGCGUAUCCAACGUUAAGCCCCUCGUUGUCGUCGCGACCUACACGUGUGAAUCCUGUUCGUUUGAAGUGUACCAAGAGGUCAAGUCGCGCAAUUUCAACCCGUUGGUGCAAUGUCCGAGUGAAAAGUGCACAACGAAUCGCACGAACGGUCGGCUCCUCAUGCAGACGAAAGCAUCCAAGUUCCAAAAGUUCCAGGAAGUCAAAUUUCAAGAGCUGCCUGACCAAGUGCCGAUGGGGCACAUCCCACGAACUCUGACCGUGUACUUGCGCGGCGAACUCACGCGCACGUGCGAGCCCGGGGCGCUGGUCACGAUAUGCGGUAUCUUCCUGCCGCUGCCAUACAGUCCCCAGCGCCAGAUGCAAGUCGGGUUGAUCACGGAAACGUACCUCGAAGCGACGCAUGUGAUCAACCACAAGAAGCGAUACAGUGCUAUGGAUGCGUCGGAAGAAAUGGAAAAUGAAGUUCAUCGGCUGCAAGAAUGUCCCAACUUGUACUCGAUGCUGGCGCAAUCGAUUGCCCCAGAGAUCUACGGCCACGAAGACAUCAAGAAGGCGCUGUUGUUGCUCAUGAUCGGCGGCGUCACGAAACGCAUGGACGAAGGGAUGAGGAUUCGUGGCGACAUCAACGUCCUCCUCAUGGGCGACCCCGGUGUUGCCAAGAGUCAGCUGCUCAAACACAUCGCCACGAUCAGUCCAAGAGGCAUCUACACGACCGGCAAAGGCAGCAGCGGCGUCGGGCUCACGGCGGCCGUCGUGCGUGACCAAAUCACCAAGGAAAUGACGCUCGAAGGCGGCGCGCUCGUGCUAGCGGAUAUGGGCAUAUGCUGCAUCGAUGAGUUUGACAAGAUGGAGGAAGGGGACCGCACAGCUAUCCACGAGGUGAUGGAGCAGCAGACAGUGAGCAUUGCCAAAGCGGGCAUUACGACGACGCUGAAUGCGCGGUCGUCGGUGCUGGCUGCGGCCAACCCCAUCUACGGCCGGUACAACAAGAAGCUGACGGCGUCGCAAAACAUCAAUCUCCCAAACGCGCUCUUGUCCCGCUUCGACUUGCUGUUUUUGAUCUUGGACAUUGCUCAGUACGACAAAGACGAAGCGCUGGCUCGCCACGUCACCCAUGUCCAUCGCUUCGGAAAGAACCCCGACAUGGCGUUCGAACCGGUCCGGGCCGACGUUCUCCGGUACUUUGUCGCGAUCGCCAAGCAAUACGUGCCGAGUAUUCCGGAAUCCCUUUGCAGCUACGUUGUUGAAGCGUACGUGAUGCUCCGUGCCGGCCAGAACUCGACCAACGAUGCCCAAACGGCCAUGACUGCACGCCAGUUGCUCAGUAUCUUGCGGCUCUCGCAAGCUCUUGCUCGCUUGCGCUUCUCCAACACAGUCAUGACGGAGGACGUUGAUGAAGCCAUUCGGCUCGUGUAUGUGUCCAAGGCGUCGCUGCAUGAAGAAGACCAGAGCGGGUCGUCGCGCCAUAAGCCGUCGGCGGACGCCAACUCCAAGAUCUAUCGCUUGAUCUUGGACUACACGCGGGAUCGACACGAAACGAGCGUCAAGUACAGCGAGAUUGAGCCAUUAGUGCUUCGUAAAGGGUACACGGAAGCGCAGCUGAAGCAGUGUAUCGAGCAGUACGAGACGUUGCAGGUGCUUCAGUGGAGUGAAAACAAAACCACAUUGCACUUUGUCAUGUAGCAAAGCUUGAAUCGCUAGUGCAUCCAUAACUUUAACCGAAACGCGUCUACGCCA